AUUACUCCAUCUGACUGAGAUUUCACAACGUCCGCACAAAGUCUUUUCUGCUCCAUAACCCUCACCCCUCCUCCCAAAAAGUUAAAAAUUAUCUCAAACCCCACUAACUCCAUCUAUCUUUUUCUUUAGAACUGUGUCUAUUCUUUUAACGUAUUUCUUCUUUCUUCAUUGAUUGUUGACUCCUGAGGAAUCCUAUGCGUUACCCUCUACGCUUUCUUCUUUCCCUCUUUGUUUAUGUAUGUAUUGCCACAGAUCUGAGUUUUUGGGUCUCCCAGAAAUUCCUCAUUAUUCACCCAUAAACCAACUCAAACUUUUUCUGAUAAUUGAAUGGAAACCAAUACUAGUCUAAGAACUUUGAUGUUUAAUGAUAAAAUCGAUACUCCAAACCUUGCAGAUUUUCUCAGAGUCAAACAAGACAACAAUAAUCUUGCAGGCCUUACGUUAGGCGCUGUGUUGAGCAACAAACGAGAAUCUUCUUCUUCUCCUGUUCACCACUCCAACACAACUCUUCUGGAUAUCAUUCGAGACGAUCCCAACAGCAGCACCAGAAAAACCAAGAAAUGGAAACAUUUCAGAAACAAACUCCGUCUCAAACCUAACAUUUCCAUUCAACACCAUAACAAUCCAAUAACUCCGGUUGGUGGGGCGGAGGAGAUAUCUGUAUCUGGGUCAACAAGUAGAAUAUUGGAUGAAACUGCAGAGAGUAAUGGAGAAGAAAUUGGAUUAGAGUUGGAGGAUCAACCGGCGCGAAUGUCAUUGAUGGCCCUGUUAACAGAGAAUGAUGGAGAUGAGUCAGCCUAUAUGAUGGAAGACGGAGAUGAAGAAGAAGAUGAAUUGGAUGAUGAUGAUGAUAAUGGAGUUGCCGGCGCCGAUGCCGAUGCCAGCUCUGUUGCCGUUGCCGUUGCCGGAGAAUAUAACAAUUGUUGUGUGUGUAUGGUGAGACAUAAGGGUGCUGCAUUUAUACCUUGUGGACAUACAUUUUGCAGGUUGUGUUCGAGGGAACUUUGGGUUCAAAGGGGUAAUUGUCCACUCUGCAACAAUUUUAUACUAGAAGUUCUCGAUAUUUUCUGAUCAAUCUUACCCUUUUCUUCUUUAAUUUUUCACUUUUAUUUUAUCUUCUUCUUGAUUUCCCCCAUCUUGUUUAUGGGAGGAUUGUUACUUCAUUUCAUUUGUAUGUGGUUUUUAUAUCCUAUUGUUGAUUAACCAAAUUAAGUAGAAUUGUAAACGAGUUUGUAUGUGUAUAUUGUACCUUUGUCUUUUAUAGACUAAUAUGUUCAAAAUUUGAAUAGAAAAGGGAGUGAAGGAACAAUGGCAUUAUUUGAGGUCACA